AUGAGGUGUUCGACCCUUCACUGCGACUCCUCUCACAUUCUUCAGCUUCUUGGCCCCGGCACUUAUGAGACUCCUCUCACGGCCAGACUAAUCUACCUUUGCCUUCCUUCGCUUCGCCUUGAUGGCACUCCUCGUCGUGGCAUUCUUUGCUCCUCUAACUCUAAGCCCCUCCGCCUCUCCUCUCCCUUGCCGUCGUUGCUUGCCAUCUCCACUGAGGAAGUGAUUACUCGCCUCCCGCAAACUCCGCUUCCAGAAGAUGCACCGUUGCCAGAAGAUGUAUGUUCCAGAUACCGCUGCCAAAAGAUGUACUCCAAAUUGCUUGCAUUUUUUCAACUAUGUAAACUUGAUCCUCACCAAGGAAUUUGUGCACAGGCUUACAAUAGAUACAAUUAUGUUUAUGUUCCACUCUACGAUACACUAGAUGAAGGAGCUGUUGGUUACAUUGUAGAACAUGCUGAGAUUGUUGUUGCUUUUGUCCAGGAGACAAAAAUGAAUAGAAUCAUGUCCUCCAACUACACAUCUACUAUGCAUCUCAAAGUAAUUGUUUCAUUGGGUUCUACUAUUGUAAAACAAAAUGCUACUGCUGCCAACAUCGAAAUGAAACUGUACUCUUGGGACAAAAUUCUUGAGAUGGAGAAAGAGAACACAUCAGAUCCAUUGCCUCCUAAACCUCUUGAUAUAUGCAUGAUAAUGUACAUGAGUGGGAUGAGAGGAUAUCCGGAAGGUGUUGUAUUGACUCAUGAAUGCAUUGCAACAUAUGUAACGGGAACUGACCUAUUCCUAAAUCAAUUUGAAGAUAAGAUGACAAUAGAUGAUGUCUACCUCUCCUUUCUCCCCCUUGCUCACAUUCUUGAACGAAUAAUUGAAGAAUAUAUUUUCCACCAUGGGGCUUCUAUUGGCUAUUAUCAAGGGGAUAUACAUGCUUUGAGGGAUGACCUUAUGGAGCUGAAGUCAACUCUCUUUGUUGGGGUUCCUAGGGUUUUUGAAAAAGUUUAUGAAGGUGUGCUAAAGGCAUUGCUAGAACUCCUACCACAUAGAAGGAUGAUCUUCAAUGCUCAAUAG